GCCCAAACAAACAACCAGAAGUCUCUAUUUGCUUUGGGCCCUUCGCUCACGUAUCAAUGUCAGGUCAAAUACCAUGUGGCAGCCACUUCUGUCUAUUCUCCUCCUGACUUAGCCAAAUCUCCCCUUCCCUAAAACCCCUAUUAUCUAGCUUCAGAGGCGUUUAUGUUUAUGGAGGGGUUUUGUAUUUGGUCUCCAAGACACUAGAAAAAAGCAAAAAAAAAAAGAAAAAGAGCAAUGACUAAUUCUAACGCUAGAUCCAAUUUGCGCUGUCAUCACUGCGCUGGCCCUCUUUCCAAAGAGAUGGAAACAAGUGAAUGGACUGUUGCUCCUCUUGUGAGGGAUAGUUUUUCUAUGAUUGGCUCAGCUGUUGGUGGCACUACAAGCGCAUUCUACGGGUUCAACCAUGUGAUGCCAAUGGUCAGGAGGUGGGUAAAGGGACCCAUGUGGGUGCAUUUUCUCGUUGGUGCACCACCUGUGAUAGUGUUUUCUUCUGCUUGUGCAGGGUUAGCAGGUGGUGCUGUUCCAGCCCUUGCUCAACUUGCUUCUUCCUCUUACCAUGCUGCAUUCUCGUCUUCUUCAUUGCCUCCAUCUUCACAUGAAGAUAAGAUGCAUAAGUCCAGGACUUCCUCUACUUUGUAAUUAUAUAUAUAUAUAUAGCAUUUAUUUCACAUAUAUUUCAUUUCAGAGAGAAAGAUAGAGAUAAAGGUUUGCCUGUGAAGAAGCCCAUUACCUUGAAAUGUUGUAAUGUUUCAGGACACAAGCUUUUCCCGUUUUGGGUCCUUUUAUAAUUUAGGUUUAUGUUGAUAUUUAUUCAUUUUUCUGCAAUGAGUAUUAUGUUAUAUGUUAAAUAAUAAAGAGGCUUUUUGCAUUUU